AUGUUUCUGGGGGUUUUGACUGGGCCCAUCUAUGACGCUGGUUUCGUGAUGCCUUUAUUAUAUACCGGCUCAUUUCUUGUUGUGUUUGGUCACAUGAUGCUCAGUCUUUGUCAAAGUUUUUGGCAAGUUCUUCUAGCGCAGUCAUUCUGCGUUGGUAUCGGAGCUGGCCUUCUCUUCGUUCCGAGCAUUGCGAUCCUCUCCACUUACUUCACAACGAAGCUCCCUUUCGUGGUAGGAAUAGCCGCAUCGGGAUCGAGUAUUGGUGGUGUCGUUUACCCGAUCAUGAUACAUAUUCUGCAAAAUGAAGUUGGAUUUGCGUGGUCCGUCCGCAUUGCUGGCUUUGUCGCUCUCUUUGGGCUAGCUAUCUCGUGCCUAGUGCUGAGAGUACGCGCACUUCCUGCUGCCCGCCGCAAGCUUGUCGACUGGCAAGCGUUCCGUGAAACACCUUAUGCACUGUUCAAUAUCGGCAUGUUCUUGUGCUUCAUGGGACUCUACACCCCCUACUAUUAUAUCCAGUCUGUCGCUAAUAGCGAGCAUAUAACCUCCGCGAAUUUGGCAUUCUAUCUCCUGCCGAUUGUGAACGCAACUUCGACUUUGGGACGUUUGGGCAUUGGUUACCUUUCCCAGAUGGCCGGGCCACUCAACAUUCUCGUUCCAUGCGCUUUGGCGUCUGGAAUUCUUGUCCUCUGCUUAAUCGUUGGUGUAUCGCAGGCUUCCAUGUUGGCAAUCUCUGCCUUGUACGGCUUUUUCUCUGGAUCGCUUGUUUCACUCAUGGGUCCCAUCCUUGUGAUCCUUUCCCCCCAUCGUGGUGUGAUUGGUACUAGGAUCGGAAUGUGUUUCACUCUUUUGGGUAUUGCCUUGUUGAUUGGAACCCCAAUCGCCGGCUCUAUUCUUGACUCCCAUGGUGCAAAUAUGGUUUGGGUUUACAGCGGUGUCUUGACACUGGCUGGUGGCUUCGCGAUAGCGAUUAGUCGUAUGAGUCAAUCGUCUUGGAAGCUCUUUGCGAAAAUUUGA